UCGGACGGGCUAGAUCGCAAGUAGCCGCGUCGGAGUGUCGACCGACCGACCGAGAGACCGAGCGAGCGCGCAGAAGAAAGGAAAAGAAGUUUUGUGAUCCUCGUCAAUUCUCACCCAUUGAGCUCUUCCUGCCACUUCGAGAAUGAAGAAAUUUUAUAUGUACUUCUCGACCAAAACUGCCUGACACUUGCCGACUCAAGAAAACACCAACGUUGCACUGCUGGAUCCGACGGAUAGAGCGUGAAGCCGAAAGUAGGAAAAUUUCUGGCGCUGGUGGAAAACUGUGAACAGAAGAUUGAGUUUUUUUUCAAGUUGAUUAUUAUUAGUGAAGUUCCUAAAUUAGUAAAAUUUACGUUCGUCUUGGGGAGACCGUGGUGCAAAGCAUAAGCCAAAAAAAUUCACAUUCAAGGUGUUAUUAUUGAUAUUUGGUAUAUUUUUAAAUACUGGAAAUUGUUGGAUGUAGAUUUGCGAGUGGACACCAACCCGGAGAAGCCUAACGAAAUACGAAACCUGAAGCAAUUAGUGAAGGUAUCAUCAAAAAUCGAAAGUAUCAAAAAAGUGUACAAGUGCUGUUGCGGGUGUAGGACGCUCGAUCAAAGCUAGUGACGAGGACGAAGAGUUCAAAUUUCGGCGGAAGGUGCAACGGCCUAAAGCUGGCCAAGGUUCACUGUUAGGAGUACCCGAGCGAGCCCUUGGUCUAGGGCCUCCGGGGCGGCCUUCAACAUGGGCACCCCAGUGAAAUGGUUAAUAACGACCACGCUUCUUGUAUGGUUCGGACAGCAUACAUAUGCGCAAUUUUGGCAAGACUUGACAGGAGGCGUUGGAUUAUUCAACCGUAACGAUAAAGGCUACGACCGAUCCGAACAGCCUUACAUCGACCCUAGCUAUAAUUUGAUCGAUACCGUCAGUGGUGCGCAAGGCCCUGCGAAUAAGACCUGCAAAGGUGGCGGAUGCUGUACGCCUAAAUGUUUCGCACAAAAAGGUAACAGAGGAUUUCCUGGUGCACCGGGACUGCCGGGUCCGAAAGGAAUGCAAGGUUUCAAUGGCACCGAAGGUUUGCCAGGCAGUAAGGGUUCCAAAGGUGAACCUGGUCCUAUGGGACCAAUAGGUAUUAAAGGUGACCGAGGACGUAUCGGUGUUCCUGGAUAUCCUGGUGUUCCAGGAACAAACGGGUUGCCUGGUGCGACAGGUGCUCCUGGUAUUCCCGGAGUAGAUGGAUGUAACGGAACCGAUGGACUUGCUGGUCUCCCCGGUUUGAAAGGUGAGCCAGGUCCACGAGGAUACCCUGGUCUUCGAGGCGACAAAGGAGACAAAGGUGAAGCGGCUAGAGAUCCCGAAAACUACAACAAAGGCCAAAAAGGUGAGCCUGGACGAGACGGUGCUGAAGGACUUCAGGGUCGACAAGGCGAAUCAGGCGAACGAGGGUAUGAAGGAAGACCAGGCCAACCAGGUAUUCCAGGUCCUUCCGGUCCGAAAGGCGAUAAAGGUAUCAAGGGUUUUUGCAUAAAGGGUGAUAAAGGUGAAAAGGGUGAGAAAGGAGUGGAAAUCGGUUCAUUAGAACGAAGUGAAACCGUAACGGGACCCCAAGGACAAAAAGGUGAUAAGGGUACUGAUGGUUUCCCUGGUAUUCCUGGAGAUAAAGGGCAGGCAGGAGACCGCGGACCGGCUGGCGAUAGAGGUUUGAAGGGUGAAAAGGGUUUACCUGGUCAACCUGGUCCGAGAGGCCGUGAUGGUAACUUUGGACCAGUGGGCUCAGCUGGACAGAAAGGUGAUCGAGGCGGGGAGGGAUUGCAUGGUUUGAAAGGUAAUCCAGGUCCUAAGGGUGAUCCAGGAAAAGAUGGUUAUCCUGGCCUCCAAGGUAUUCCCGGACCUCCAGGGCCUCCCGGAGGUGGUGAAGGGCGUCCAGGUGCACCAGGUCCGAAAGGUCCCCGUGGAUAUCCAGGCCCUCAGGGUCCCAAAGGUAUAGAUGGGUUCCCAGGAGAUCCAGGACCACGCGGUCAGACAGGUCCUAAAGGUGGGCAAGGCAUACCUGGCCGACCAGGUCCGGAAGGUUUCCCGGGUGAGAAGGGAGAAAAGGGAGAAUCAGGAGCAACUGGAUUAGCAGGACCUCCCGGUCCUCGAGGAUUCCCUGGAGCAUCCGGACCGGAAGGAUUGCGAGGCGAGCCAGGAGAACCUGGUACAGGUUUCCCUGGUCAGAAAGGAAAUGCAGGAAUGGCAGGAUUUCCUGGUUUGAAAGGACAAAAAGGAGAACGAGGUUUCAAAGGACUAAUGGGAGCUCCUGGUGAUGCAAAGGAAGGUCGACCAGGUCUACCAGGUAGAUCAGGACGUGACGGAGAGAAGGGUGAGGCUGGCAGACCAGGCUUGCCGGGAAGCAAAGGAGAACGAGGUGAAAAGGGAGAUAUUGGAGGACGAUGCUCAGAUUGUCGACCAGGAAUGAAAGGAGAGAAAGGAGAACGUGGAUACGAUGGUCCUCCAGGACGUCAGGGUACUCCUGGAGCUGCAGGUGAACGGGGUUAUCCCGGAGAGCUAGGAGAACUAGGAAGCCCCGGAUUACGUGGCGCUCCUGGUAUCAAAGGUGAAGCAGGUAUUCCUGGUCUUCCGGGUCCAGUUGGAGAACGUGGUGAAUCAGCUAUAUUGGAUUUAGAUCAAAUCAAAACUGAUAAGGGCGAAAAGGGAGAACGAGGAGAGUUAGGAGCUCCAGGUGUGAAAGGAGAACGUGGAAAUUUCGGACCUCGCGGUCCAAUUGGACCUAAAGGAGAUUUUGGACCCAAGGGAGACAAAGGAAGACCAGGCGAACCUGGAAUUGAUGGUACACCUGGUGCUCCUGGACGAGAUGGAACACCUGGUAAACCUGGAGAAUCGAUUCGAGGAGAGCCAGGUCUUAAAGGAAAUUCGGGUUACACGGGAGAAAAAGGAGAUAAAGGUUUUGCUGGUCUAAAAGGUGAACCAGGCAGAUGUUCCAGUAUUCCACCGAAUCUAGAAGCAGCUGUGAAAGGUCCUCCAGGUGAACGAGGUGAAAAGGGAUUUAGUGGAGCACCUGGUCCUCAAGGUGAAAAAGGAGAUAAAGGAGACCGCGGUCUAACUGGAAGGGAAGGUCAACCAGGGCCACCAGGUCCUUCCGGUCCUGUUGGGGCUCGUGGUCUAACAGGUGCACGUGGCGAUAAAGGUAACACAGGUCCAAUGGGAUUCCCAGGAAACCCCGGCAAAGAUGGGAUUACAGGUUUCCCUGGAUUACCCGGACCAAAGGGUACUAAAGGUGAUCCUGGUCUUUCUAUGGUUGGUCCUCCUGGUCCAAAAGGUAACCCAGGUUUGAGGGGUCCCAAAGGUGAUCGUGGUAGCUCUGGAGAACGAGGUGAUACAGGACCACCUGGUAUGGUUGGUUAUCCGGGUGAGAAGGGAGACGCGGGCAUAGCAGGUAUUUCAGGCUUACCAGGACCAGUAGGUCCAAAAGGAGAACCAGGUCCUGUAGGACCUACUGGGCAUCCAGGAGCACCCGGUCGACCAGGUAUUGAUGGUGUGAAGGGUUUACCGGGUUUGAAGGGUGAUGUUGGUGCCCCUGGUGUAAUAGGAUGGCCUGGCCAAAAAGGUGAUACGGGUCCUCCAGGUAUAGACGGUUCAAAAGGAUUCCAAGGACGUAAAGGUAUUCAAGGCAUACCUGGCACAGUUGGAUUACCUGGUCUAGUAGGACAAAAGGGUGAACCUGGUGAAAAGGGUGACAAGGGCCCAAUUGGUCCAACUGGUCCGACUGGUUUACGUGGUCUGCCUGGAGCACCUGGACUCAAAGGAGAUAGAGGACCUUUUGGACCGCCUGGAUUAGAUGGAUUAACAGGUCUUCCGGGAGAAAAAGGUGACCGGGGUUACACGGGUACUCCAGGUCUUCCCGGGGAACCAGGUGAAUCGUCUGAAAAAGGUCAAAAAGGUGAACCAGGUGCCCCUGGACUAAGAGGUAUUGAUGGUAGACCUGGUUUGAACGGAAUUCCUGGUCAAAAAGGAGAUGGUGGACUUCCUGGUUAUGGACGACCUGGGCCCCCAGGUGAUAAGGGAGAACGUGGCAAUGAUGGUCUUGAUGGACUUCCAGGAAUAAAUGGCCAAAAAGGUGAUUCUGGUGUUACUGGUUUCCCUGGAAUCAAGGGUGAUAAAGGUAAUGCUGGACUACCAGGUAUUCCUGGCUCUCCAGGAAUGGAUGGUGCACCAGGUCCUGAAGGAGUUCCUGGAUUACGUGGACUUGAUGGCGAGAAAGGUUCUAAAGGUGAAGCUGGUCGCAUUGGAGAAAGAGGUGAUCGGGGUGAAAAGGGAGACUUAGGUCCACCUGGCCCUCCAGGAUACAUGGGACUGAAGGGUGAGCGAGGCGUCCCUGGAGAACGAGGAGCGCCUGCUACCGUUCAAGACAUUAAAGGUGAUAAAGGUGAACCAGGACUCCCCGGCCCUGUCGGUAUGCCCGGAAAAGUGGGUUCUCCCGGAUUGGUUGGUGAAAUGGGUCUGAAAGGAUUACAAGGCAUACCUGGUCAGCCCGGAUUCCCAGGGCCACCAGGGUUGAAUGGAUUGCCUGGCAUGAAAGGUGAUCUGGGACUUCCAGGAGAGAAAGGUGAACCAUGCCCCGUGGUUAAGGGUGAAAAGGGUCUCCCUGGACGACCUGGUAAAAAUGGUCGUGAUGGUGGUCCUGGACCAGCUGGCGAAAAAGGUGACAAGGGACUUCCAGGUUUACGUGGUCCAGAAGGACCUUCUGGAUUACCUGGUCCUCUUGGAAGACAAGGUGAAAAAGGAGACCGAGGUGACUCAGGCAUUGAAGGACGUCCGGGUAAAGAUGGUUUCCCGGGACCCCCAGGACCAAAGGGUGAACGAGGAUUCAUAGGAGAAAAGGGUAAUCCCGGACCACCAGGCUUCCCUGGACCACAAGGGGAAAAAGGUGACAGAGGUCGUGAUGGUCGCGAUGGAUUUAAUGGUCCUCAAGGUGCUAAAGGUGACCGCGGUCCACAAGGUCCUGAAGGUAUAGCCGGUUUAGUUGGAAUGAUCGGCGAGAAAGGAGACAAAGGUUUGAGAGGUUCAUCAGGUCUCGAUGGAGCCCCUGGUGAAAAAGGGCAGAAAGGUGAGACACCAAUUUUACCACCACAACGACGAGGUCCACCCGGUCCACCUGGUUUCGAUGGUCCAAAGGGUGACAAAGGAUUGCCUGGUCUACAAGGACCGCCAGGAAUUCCAGGCGCUGUUGGGGCUCCGGGUGAAGUCGGUUUGCGUGGACUUGAGGGUGCUCGUGGUCUCCAAGGUAUUCGGGGUGAAAUCGGUCUAGAGGGUCGCCCUGGACGUGAUGGUUUACCUGGCACCCCAGGAAACAAAGGUGACCAAGGUGCGGCUUGUUUACCUGCUCCUGAUUAUCUCACUGGAAUACUACUGGUCAAACACAGUCAGUCGGAAGAGAUUCCAAAUUGUGAACCUGGUCACGUAAAACUUUGGGAUGGUUAUUCUUUGCUGUACGUCGAUGGAAAUGACUAUCCCCAUAAUCAGGACUUAGGAUCUGCCGGGUCAUGUGUUCGCAAAUUUUCUACAUUACCGAUUUUGGCUUGCGGUCAAAAUAAUGUUUGUAAUUAUGCUUCGCGAAACGAUCGGACAUUCUGGUUAUCUACCUCCGCUCCGAUUCCUAUGAUGCCCGUUAGCGAGCACGAAAUGCGUCCUUACAUUUCCAGAUGUACAGUUUGUGAAGCACCAUCUAACGUGAUAGCCGUGCACAGUCAGACACUGGCAAUUCCAGACUGUCCUAAUGGCUGGGACGGUCUGUGGAUCGGGUACAGUUUCUUAAUGCACACUGCCGUUGGUCACGGGGGAGGAGGACAAGCCUUGUCAGGACCUGGAUCCUGUCUAGAAGAUUUCCGAGCCACACCGUUCAUUGAGUGUAACGGUGGUAAAGGUCAUUGUCACUACUAUGAGACACAGACGUCCUUCUGGCUCGUUUCACUCGAAGACCACCAACAAUUCCAACGGCCUCAACAGCAGACCCUGAAGGCGGGCAAUUUGCUCUCAAGAAUAUCGAGAUGUCAGGUGUGUUCUCGUGCUUAGGUUUUCUAUCUCUAGCAAAAGCACACACGGCGAAAUCAAAUCCUAAAUUUUAAUUUAUGCAACAACAAGAACAACAACAACAACAAGGUGCCUUCCUAAGUUAUUUCUAAAAGAGAGUAAGAACUUGCUAGGGACUUUAAAGUUAAGUAAUGCUAGAGAAUAAAGUAAAUGAAAAGUCCGAAAAGAAACCAAAUAUAUGUAAAAACUGAGAGUGUGUAAGUAAGUUGUAAUUCCUGAUGCUUUUUUAUAAAAAAAAGGUAUGCAAUAAUAUAAGGCAUUGUUAGUCUCUAAUAGUAAUUACUUUGAUUACAAAAAAGAAAACGUUAAACUGCCUUUUGGAAGUACUGCAACAAAGACCGCCAAUUUCUCAAGAAACCUCCCUGCAACGAAUUUAGUUAGCGAAUAACGUCUUGUAUGCCUUUUCUUAAUAAAUAAUAUUACCAGUGCCCUUUGUGAUUGGUUUCUAUUUUUUAAUCGACGGAUAAUAAUCUAUGUAUCAAUAGUAUUUUAAUGUUCCAUUUUAUUUCAAACUCAAUGAGUAGAUGCGAAUGGCGACACUUGAUCCUUCUACAGCGAAAUCAUGCAACAGUAAUGUGUUUUGUAUAGGCUAUUAUCAUUAAUCCGACAAGAUAAAAAUAUUGAUGUUAAAAUUGAAAAUCUUUGUACCCCAAUUGAGGAUAUAUCUAAACUUUUCUACAAAAAUUGAUGAUAGAAAUCAUUCGGGAAGUUAUUCACCGGGAUCAAGUGUUCAUAGUUUUCCAUAUAGCUGCCACUUUAAAGGAUCGAUGUGUUCAUGGAAAGGGAAAUCAAAUUAUAGUGUAGAGAAUCGGAUACGGAUUUUUCGACGGGUUUGUGCGUUAACUUUACGUUCACAUGUUUAACAACCAAUUAGAGUGCCAUUAGAGAACAGCUCGUUAAACAAUUUUUAUGACAUUAGCCAUAUUAUCGACUACUGAGAGAUGAAUUGCAACGCAACGUACUCCGACUAAAGCGCAUUUUAUAAACUGUACAUUUCCGCUUUUUAUAUUACGCUAAGUGUUAUAACCAAGUAUCUCCGCUAUCUUAUGUUUCCAUUCAGUGUCGCAAAAUCGUUACAGUCGAAAUAAAACUCUUAAAAAUAAACGAAA